UGACGUCACUUCCAGCUAAAUAAAUCUCUUCGUUGCAUCGGCUGACAUUUUCCACGUGGGACAACAGACCGUAGGACUAAAAAAUGGAAAAGCCCGUCGUUCUUGCAAGAGUGAUGAAAAUUUUGGGCCGCACUGGUUCCCAGGGCCAGUGUACGCAGGUCAAGGUGGAGUUCAUCGGUGAGCAGAACCGACAGAUCAUCCGCAACGUCAAAGGACCCGUGCGGGAAGGCGACAUUCUCACCCUCCUCGAGUCCGAGAGAGAAGCCAGAAGAUUAAGAUAAGGGCCCUUUUUCUACACGAAGGACGCGUAAACAUGGCCAGAAUGAACAUCCAACGGCGCGCGUCACGGAACUUUCCAAACACAAUCUUCUGUCUUAUUGCUAAUAUGUUUAAUAAACAUUAAAAAAUGAAAAGCCCAA